AUGGAACGGACUGCCUACGCAAGGCUAUCGAAAUCGAAGUUCCGGGCAGUCACAACUACCGUCAUCCAGUUGGACUCAGGGGAUGUAAUCUGUGCUAAAGACCGGGAGACAAUGGCGCGGCAGAUGUCUAAACGCAGGGAGAGUUGCAAUUCAAUGGGCACUCAAGGAGAAGCCUCCGCAAGUCACGUUGGCACAGAGGCAGUAGAGGUGUCUAGCAGACCUUCAGAACCCAUGCAGGAGGCAGGCGGGGUUCCUAUUUAUAAGGAGUCCCCAGCUGUGGAGGAUUCGUCAGGAUUAGCCAAGAUCGCGCGCAGGGCCAGUCACGCCAACGCAAAUGAGGCUGCUACUGAGCACGUCAUACCGGGCAUCCGACAGGCCCAAUCAGAAGGCAUAAGCGAAUCUACAACAAAUAUCAAGGAAGCAGAGAACCAAGAUACGGAAAGAUCUGCUCAUCUUCCUGCGUUAGACGUUGAUCGCAUUGACAAUCCUCCGGCUGCCAUCGACACACACGUGAACCCCCCACAAAGCAACCCUAAACGCAAUUCUCGCUCCAAAGGGGGCCGAAGUGGUAUUGCCCACUCAAAGAUUACUUGUCGAAAUCCAAGGAAAUCCCAGUCAUCUGCGCAGACUUCCUUGGAGCAGAUUCGACCGCGGCGCUCUGCCCGGAGAGCAUCUACUUCUAACCCCAAGGCUGAUGUUGACUGGAGUGAAGACAUCCGACCUACUGAUGACGAUAAAUCUUCUAAGAAUGGGAGAGAGGCCUCCAAGCACACCUCUGUCUCUUCACCGGAUGCUGAAUCGAACAAAGUCUCCAACAAGAAACGCAAAGCACCGAAGGUGAAACCAGGCUCAGGCAAACGACAGAAGGCUGCCAAGGGGAAGGACCAUAUCAGUGCCCGGCUUCCUUUGACCACUGAGACCGGAGAUAACCCUGAUUCGGCAUCAAAUAUCUUUGAUGAACAGCUUGAUAACGCAGGCACGUGGGAUGCUGUUGAUCUGCCUGUAGCUUCUUUUCCCAUCUUCGAACAAGAGAAUGCAAAUGAACCCAAAGCCAUGGACCAACAUGGGCUAAUCGAGCUUUCAAGCGACUCCUUGCUGCCAUCCAACAUGUCAAGCCCGGCAAAAUGCACCGAUUCACCAAAAGCCAACGGACAGGGAGCGAAGGCAACUUGUCAUGGAAGGGGCAUCACUGUUGGGCAGAAAAUUGCGGAUGCACUCCGCGAGGCCGGAUUGAACCCCCAAAAUCAACCCACCGUUGAAUCGCGCUUCUCUUCUACCCUGAUGCCUGCUGGUCGGACAGCCCCCAAGGUUCCAAAAGACUAUGCUACGCUACAAACCCGACUUCAAACACGAGUUCACCGGCCUCAAAAUCCAUUCAGCCCGGGGCUCGAGAUGGUACAAGAUGAGCCAUCUGCCCCGUCUACAGCUGGAGGACAGGCGAGUUCUAACGACCAAGACCUGGUACCAAUCGCCAAUACUGACAAACCACUGAAGACCACUGUGUCUGUAGAGUCACCUGUUCCGCCAGCCCAAUGCUCAUCAGACAUACAGAAGCUGUUGCAUAGUGCCGAACUUCUGAAACGUAGGGGAAGUGGGGAUAAAGCCGACGAUCCAAUGGAGAUUCCUGACGACAGCUCGCAGGCAACGCAUUCACCAGAGGCAAUGUGGAUGGAUUCGAUCCAACCAGAUACAUAUCAAGAUAACCUGCAAGUCGACACACAGCAUCUGGAAAGCGAGCUUGACACGCUAUCACAGAGCGCGGAAGUGCCGAUCCUUGACUGUAUCACGAUGCUGCCGGUCCAAGAGAGUGAAAGCGAGCAAACCCCAGAAUCCCAGAAGCCGCUGCUGAGCGCGCACACUCGUACACGACAGGGUGCUCCGCUUGAAGGUUCAAAGUCAAUCAAAAGGAAGAGUGUCGUUGAUCGUAAUGGGAGUCCUCGACUUUGUCCGCAGGAGGCCGGGGAACCACGCCUCGAUAUUGACCGCUUCCUCCUUCAGAGCAUCAGGAUCGCAGACUCCAGUUCAAGUGAAUAUGAUGAAGAAAACUCUGAUGGUUAUUACUCCGAGAGCAAGUACCAGCCUGGAAGCACAUGGUCCAAAUUCCAGCGAGACAUGUUCAUGGAAUAUGGAAUUGGACCCGAAGAGCUAACCCCAGGUAUAACUGGAACGAGACUUGUCGGCGAUGGUGUCAAUGUCGAUUCUCGAGCGAGUCAACUCAGCGCAGCGACCAGUGAGGAGGACACCGAACUUCGUCAAGAUGAGCAUAGGGACCACAGUAUCGCCAGAAGACACGUCUCCCAUGAUGAAAUAGCGCCCCCAACCGCGCCCAGAUUCAUCCCGACGACCAUUGAUGACCCGAAGAUGGAGGCCGAGGAUGAUGCAAACGUUGAAACUAACCAGAGGCGAGGGUCUACGGAGAGCUCAGGUUCCACGUCCCAUCACCUGCUCAUGCAUGGCAAUCUGGAGAAUAUGGAUUGGAUCUCAGAUCUACAAUCUGCUCAACAGAGUGCGCAUAGCCUCCUAUUGGAAACCAACCAGCUUGCCGCUGAGCAGCACACUAUCCGAAAAGUGCUGCAGAUCUAUCGACAAGGAUGCAAUCGCAUUCUCGAUGAUCUGUCCCGAGCUCAAGAAGCACGAAUGCAGCUGUACCGCCAGCAGAUGUCGUCCGUCAAGGAACAGCACACUCAGAUCUGCCAGGAACUAAUUCAGGGGUUACAGGAGCUGGACCAUCGGGUAUAA